AUGUCUUCAACCGUAAUGGGCAGUGAGAGGCAGAGCGUGGACCUGACCAUGGCCAGAAAUGAUUUGAACUUAACUUUAAACAGAAAUGACUUAGGAUUAAAUAGAAACGAUUUGAGUUUGAAUAGAUCUGAUUUAACACUAGUUAAUUUAAAUAGAAGUGAUUUGAAUCUUACAAGAAAUGAUUUGAAUCUGAAUAGAAAUGAUCUAGGAUUGAACAGAACUGAUUUGGGUUUGAACACAAGAGAUUUAACAUUGAAUAGAAAUGAUUUGGCAGUGAACAGAGAUGAUUUGUCGUUAAAUAGGAAUGAUCUUGGUUUAACUAGGAGUGAUUUGGGAUUAAAUAGGCCUGAUUUGGGUAUAAAUAGGAGUGAUUUGAGUUUAACUCCGCUCAAUAAUACUGGAACACCGUCUUAUACAGAUGUUUUGAGGGCCGCAGUGUCUUUGGAUCUAACUAAUGGACGUCAUGGUGUUGACCCAAUGGGUCUCCCUCGAGCUUUACACCAUCAUCAUCAUGCUGCAUCAACAAGUGCAUCAUUUGGUGACGUCACGCAUCAUACUGCCUCCAGAUUAUUAGCUGCUGAACACAGUCUUACAGCAAACAGAUUACUCCCGGACCCUGUACACAUACUUCUAGACCACCACUCCCACACGCACCAUCACCAUCACCACCACCACCAAUCAAUGUCUCAUCAUCGGUUAUUGGCAUCCCCCGCAGUCCCUGCUUCAACAACUGCAGGUUCUGCAUCGACUGUGGAUAUUGUUGAUGUCAGUUCAAGUCAGGAGGUCAAUGUUAAUCCAGUGUCGUCAACAUCUAGUGUGAUAGGUGCUUUGGGUGGUGUAUCUCCACCGAGAGGCGUGUUUUCCAAUUAUCAUGCAAGCGGGGCUGUAGGGUUUCAGUCUCAGAAUGUUGUCGGGGUUGGUGUUAAUGGGGGAGCUGCUUUUCAUCCUUAUUCUGCAGGAGGAUAUUAUUAGGAAGGGAUGGGAAGAGAUACAGGUAUAUAUUGUGAUAAUUGGACAGUAAAUUUAGCUAAGUUAAAUUAAUUAA